CAUAAAUCAAGCAAGAACAAUUUCAUUACUUCAUCGUGCAGAUACCAAUCUAGUCACCCUGCUUCCCAAACCAAGCCAGCCAAACUCCAGCAAAAAGCCUCUCAGUUACAAUCUUUCCGCUCCCCAUAAUAUUUUCAAACACUUUAGACAUGACGAUAAGCCUCCUCCCACCUUGGCUCAGUCUUUACAUGCACCCUUCCCUCGCCAGCAUGCGUGCUACUUCCCUGUCCGCCGUGUCCACCAUGAGGAUGGCCAUGUCCCUGCCAAAGCCCCUCAAACGGAUCCCCCAACCCCAUCUGCAUCCCCAUACCCAUCCCAAACCCGCCCCCAAAGGCCCCAUUACCACUCAACCCCUCCCCCAUCAACGGCGCACCACCAUACAAACCCGGCAUCGCCUCCUCACCAUGCAUCCCGAACGAAAAGCCCAUCUCAUCCAUCUCACUCAUAUCCCCACCUUCGAACCGCUCACUCGGGCCAGGACUCGGGCUCGCACUCGCCUCUCUGACAUACCGUGAUCUUGAAGGCGUAUUCGGCAUCGUUCUCGGCGUUGGCUGGCUUUCCGAGUGCGAAGCCGAAGCAAGGCCGAGUCCCAGCCCUGGCUCAAGCUUGAUCCUCUUCUCCCUCCGCUCCUCCGCACCCGCAUCCUCACUCUCGACCGUCCCCUGUCUGCUCCCCAUUCCAGGCUCAGCCUUCACCCUGCCCUCCCCAUCCUCCUCGUCCUUCGCCUUCCCUUUUCCCUUUCGCGGAGAUUUGUUCGAGGAUUUCUCAACUCUGGGUUUGCGCGGCGAGUUGGGUCCACGCGGUCGUCGCACGCUGGCAGUGCCGUCCAUCUGCUUCUUGAAGCGGCUGUAGCGCAUCCGUGCCGCGUGGCCGUUUGUGAUCUCUUGGCUGAGGAUCGGG